GAACCAAUAAAUAUAUUACAGUCACAUUUCAUUGCUACUAAUUAUAAGCGAUUUGUUUGUUCUGCUGAAGGCACCAUUAUUUUCAGCGACAUACCGCGGUUCAGAGCUGCGAAUAGCUUGUAAACUGUGCAAUGUGGUCAAGCACAUGUGUUCGUUUCGCGAGUACAUUAUGCAGAACGGCAGAGUCCAGCAGAAGUCUGUCGAUUCGACAAGUUUCAGCAAUGGCGACUAGAACUCGUGAGAUUGAGGAACGAAAAGUCAAAGUGAAUGGCACGGAAAUAAAUUACGCCAGAAUCGGCAGCGGCGAUCAUCCGGUGUUAUUGUUACCUGGCGCACUAGGAACAAUAUGGACUGAUUUUAAACCGCAGAUCGAAAAUCUAAAUGCGGACAAGUUGACCAUAGUGGCAUGGGACCCACCCGGUUAUGGAAAGUCGCGACCACCCGAUAGGACUUUCCCGGACGAUUUCUUUCAGCGCGACGCAAGAUUGGCUAACAAUCUGAUGAAGAUUCUCGGCUACUCGAAAUUUUCUCUGAUCGGCUGGAGCGAUGGCGGCAUCACAUCGCUCCUACUUGCCUCAACAUAUCCCGAGAAUAUUUAUAAGAUGGUGGUUUUUGGUGCGAACGCAUACAUACACCCGGACGAGAUAAAAAUUUAUGAAAAUCUCAGAGACAUCAACAACUGGUCAGAAAGAAUGAGGAGAUCUAACAUAGAAAUUUACGGCGAGGAUUAUUUUAAAAAAACCUGGUCAGGUUGGGUAGACGCUGUGCAAAGAUUGUACGAAAAGCAAAAUGGUAAUUUGUGCAAACAGGUUCUGUCAAAAAUAAAGUGUCCGACGUUGAUUAUUCACGGAGGCAAAGAUCCGAUAGUCUUACCGGAACAUCCGGAAUAUCUAAAGCAAAACAUCGUCAACUCAAACCUGCAUAUUUUCGAAAAAGGCGGACAUAAUCUUCAUUUGAAAUACUUUGAAGAGUUUAAUAAGUUGGUGACGGAGUUCUUGCUAGAUCAAUCAAAAAUAUAAUAAAUUUGUUGUGACAUUAUAUGAUGAAUUUAUGUAUUAUAUAUAGAUGAUGGUGAUGGAGAUUUAUAUAAUUUUUAUCAAAGACAGAGUUUAUUAUAUUAUGUUAUUGUAUACUGAAUAUUUUAUAAUAAUGUAAUAAUAAUAAAUGCAAUAUU